UGUUUUGAUACUCUUGUCUCCUCAUCACAACGCCUACAACGAUUAACCGCCACAGAAGAGAGCAGCCCCCACUCUUUUCUCAUUUUCUGUACCGGAAAACACUAUUUUGGUUUCAACGCAAUUUCUCGCUCUUAAACUGCAGUUGAAUCACUCACUCACACCCACACAUUCACAGCGCAAAUUUCUGCAAGCCGAUGCAUCAGAGAGGGAGAGUGAAAGACCAUAGAUCCAGGACCUUUUCUAGAUCUCGCAUCGCAAUCCAAGGCCGAUAGCCCCAUUUCUUCUCCUAAUUUGCAACUACCUACAUUCUCAUUUCUCUAUAAGUUUGCUCAAUCCAUCUCCAGUAUCAUCAAAGUUUCAUUGUUUAAUCUAUAAUCUACAAUCUAUAAUCUAUAAUCAUGGCUGCCAUUACUCAAGCAGAAGAACGCGAGAUCCAGAAGAAUUACUGGAUGGAGCACUCCGCUGAUCUUACGGUGGAGGCUAUGAUGCUCGACUCUAAGGCUGUUGAUCUUGACAAAGAAGAGAGACCUGAAGUGCUUGCACUGCUUCCCCCAUACGAAGGGAAAUCAGUGUUGGAGCUAGGUGCUGGUAUUGGCCGUUUCACUGGUGAAUUAGCCAAGAAAGCUGGGCAACUUAUAGCAUUGGACUUCAUUGAAAGUGCAAUCAAGAAGAAUGAAGUCAUCAAUGGGCACUAUAAAAAUGUCAAGUUUAUGUGUGCUGAUGUGACCUCUCCAGAUUUGAACUUCUCUGAUGAGUCACUGGACUUGAUAUUCUCAAAUUGGUUACUGAUGUAUCUUUCUGACAAUGAGGUUGUGAAGCUAGUAGAGAGAAUGGUCAGAUGGUUGAAAGUUGGAGGGCACAUAUAUUUCAGAGAAUCAUGCUUCCAUCAAUCUGGAGACCACAAGAGAAAGAACAACCCAACUCACUAUCGAGAACCUAGAUAUUAUACUAAGGUUUUCAAAGAAUGCCAAUUGAAUGCUGGAAAAGGGAAGUCUUUUGAACUCUCUCUUAUUGGUUGUAAGUGCAUUGGAGCUUAUGUACGAAACAAGAAGAAUCAAAAUCAGAUUUGCUGGACAUGGCAGAAAGUUAGUUCGGAAGAUGACAGAGGAUUCCAGAAGUUCUUGGACACUGUCCAAUAUAAUUGCAGUGGCAUUUUACGAUAUGAGCGAGUCUUUGGACAAGGCUAUGUGAGCACAGGAGGGCUUGAGACAACUAAAGAAUUUGUUGCCAAAUUGGAUCUCCAGCCGGGGCAAAAGGUCCUAGAUGUUGGCUGUGGUAUUGGAGGAGGUGAUUUCUACAUGGCUGAGAACUACGAGGUUCAUGUUGUUGGCAUUGACCUCUCUAUUAACAUGAUCUCAUUCGCUAUCGAACGUGCUAUUGGCCUCAAAUGCACCGUUGAGUUUGAGGUUGCUGAUUGCACCAGGAAAUCAUACCCUGAUGGCUCAUUGGAUGUGAUUUACAGCCGUGACACCUUUCUUCACAUUCAUGACAAACCUGCACUUUUCAAGUCUUUCUACAGGUGGCUGAAGCCAGGGGGUAAACUCCUCAUUACUGAUUACUGCAAAGCAGCUGGAACUCCAUCACAAGAAUUUGCCGAGUAUAUUAAACACAGAGGAUAUGAUUUACACGAUGUAGCAGCAUAUGGCCAGAUGAUCAAGGAUGCUGGGUUCAAUGACGUCAUUGCUGAGGAUCGAUCUCAUCAGUUCAUGAACGUGCUCCAGAAGGAGUUAGACACCGUGGAGAAGGAAAAAGAAGCAUUUAUCCAAGACUUCUCAGAAGAGGACUACAAUGAUAUCGUUGAUGGGUGGAGGGCGAAGCUGGCGAGAUCUUCAUCCGGGGAGCAGAGAUGGGGCUUGUUCAUUGCCAAGAAGUGAAGUGAUGUCUUCUGAAAUGAACAUUAUGACAACAAGCAACAACAUAUGGGCUUAGUAUUGAUGAAACCUCCUAGUGUCGUUUUCAAUAAUUUGGGUGAAUGUUUUGCUAUGUAAUAAUGGCACCAUAUGUUGUAUAAGUUGGUAUCUUCCCAUGAUAAUAAUGUGUUAUGUUGAAGACUGAAAUCCAGUUUGUUUUAAUGAUCA